UAUUUGAUAGUAUUAAUAUUCACUAAAAAUUGGGUGAAGAAAAAUAUUACGACGUCGGGACUGUCAAAAGAGUUUUAGUUUAAAAAAUUUAAAAUAAAAGGGACGGUCGUAAUCCAGUUCAGGCCAUUAUUUUUCUCUAAAAUAAGGAAAGGAAAUAGAUACAUCUAAGAUGGCAGAUAAAGCUUCUAAAUUUUUGGGAGGUCUGUUAGGCAAUAUCAGCUCGAGAUCUGCUUACUCCCAAAUAGCAAUUGGAACUUCAACCGGCUGGGUUACUGGAUACACAACAAUGAAAGUCGGGAAAUUCGCAGCUUUUGCUAUUGGUGGUGGUAUAAUACUCUUGGAAAUAGCUCAUCAAGAAGGCUAUGUGAAAAUUGAUUGGUCUAAAGUGACGAAAAAAAUUGAUAAAGUUUCAGGUAAUGUCGAACGAGCCAUUACUGCUCGAGAUCAAACAUGGAUGGACAAGGCCGAACGUUACGUUGAUCGUCAAUUGGAUCGUGCUGAAGAUAUUGUGAAGCAUAAAUCCGAUAAAGUUAAAAGAUGGUAUAGCAAUCUCAUUGGCGACGAAGAAGGUCCCAAAAUUAAUGAUUUGCACAUAUUUUUGACUGCCUUUGUCGGUGGUGUCGCUUUGGGUAUUGCGUGCGCUUAAAUUGCCUAUCGUUCAUUAUAUGUUAAAGUUAAUAAAAAACAUGAUAAGAAAUGUUAUAUGUGUAGUAUUAGAUAAUUCAUGUUUCAUCAGAAAAUCCCGCAAUAAAGCAUUACAUUACAGUACGUAUAAAACUUAUGCGAAACUUAUAUGUAAGCAAUAUACAUUCAAUUUCCAUUUUAGGGUAGUGUGACAUUUAAACAACAACAGCGUCAUCUUUCCUGAAAUAAAUUAAAUUCAUAAAUUAGAGAAAUUACGAAGAAUUUCAUCAAAAAUAUCAAUUUGUAUAAGUAAUUAUUUUGUAUUGAAAAGUCUUCUACUACAAAAUUAUAGCUAUAUGUACUUAUUCCCCAUCUAUAACGUAUAAAAAGCCCGCUCUAUA